AUGUAUAUCGCCCUGCGAGGCCUUGCCUCGCUGUCUGAUCUCGUUCUUCUCCUCUCUUCCAUCUCUGAGCGUGCUGAAGCCCUUCAAAUCGCGCUCGCUUCACCGCCUGCUUGCCCUCUCCCACCAAUCCUUACAGAAGGCUUCGAGCCCUCUAUCAAGCGCGUCAAUCCUGCCCGAGAGGCGGAAGGCGGAAUAAAGAAGACACGCUCCUCUGUCCCGGUCAGAUUGGCGCACACCAUCAACUCCUUUGAACAGUAUCCGACUCUCGCUAAAGGGGUGCUCGAGCGGAAGCAUGGGCGAUAUGCCAAACAGGCACCCGCACAGAAGGCCAUCAGUGAUGAACUAGGCUAUCCUGCUCACUUUGAGAAAGCCAGGAAAGGGGUCGAGAUGAACGCCCGGUUGGCGGAACAGGUUGCGAAACUUGCGAGACAGGAUUACCAGACCGGCCCACAAGCGCUUGGGGACGAGGAUGACGCAGAUUUUGGUGCUGUGGACAACGCAUUUCUAUUGCUCUCGCGAGACUGGAGUGCCUAUGGCGCACUGGAAAGGCAGGCUGUAUUUCCACCUGUGCUGAAUGGGCUCCAGCAACAUUUUGGUGAGAAUGGAAUAGGGAAGAAGGUGCUUGUUCCCGGCAGCGGUAUGGGUAGGCUUGCAAGUGAUAUCGCUGAUGUCGGUUACGACGUUACGGCCAACGACAUGGACUACAGCUCUAUCCUGACCUACCAUCUGCUAACGAACAAUACAAAUUCGCUUCACCAGCACACCGUCCAGCCCUUUGCAACAAAAUGGACACAUCAGGCUAACCCUUCCUCACGCUACACUACCUUAACCGUGCCUGACCACAUGCCGAACAAGACUGUCAAGCUCGUGGAGGGCGACUUUUUUGAGCUGUUCCCCCAGGACGGUGAAUUUGACGCAAUCGUCUCGCUGUUCUUUAUCGACAUUACGGAAAACGUAGUUGAAGUUCUGAGCGAAAUCCAUCGGCUGCUGAAGCCUGGUGGAGUGUGGAUCAAUAUUGGACCGCUGAAAUAUGGCCCCCACACUGCUCUCCAGCUCUCCGCAGAGGAAGUGCUUCAGCUGGCAGAUAUGCUCGGGUUUGAUGUGGACCUUGCGUCAAGGAAGUCCAUCGAUAGCUUGUAUAGCUCGCAGCCGGAUCUGUUGUUGAAGUACACUUAUGGUGAGUUCCUACUGUUUUCUUGGAAGAAGUGA